AUGUUCCACUGGCGAGAAGAAGUAGGCAUGCAUCGGAGCAUAUCUCCAAGAGACAUGGACAGGCGUAGGGCCAGACUCCGAAGACAGGCAACGGAGGCAUGGGCCAGACGGCUAGCGAACGCGCAAUAUGGCAUGAUGUCUAUCCAUGCCAUUUUGCCUGUAUUUCAGGAAUGGAUGACUAGGCGCCACGGCUCGCUCUCAUUCCGCACGACACAGAUUCUGACGGGGCAUGGUUGCUUCGGUAAGUAUCUGUGUCGAAUAGGAAAACAGCCAAAUGCUGCUUGUCACCAUUGUGACUGUGAGGAGGACACGGCUCAGCACACCUUAGAGUCGUGUCCAGCGUGGACAGCGGAACGCGAUGCAUUACGUGCUAUGGUUGGAUCAGACCUUUCACUUCCGAUCGUAGUUGGUGCCAUGUGUGAAAGAGAGGACGUGUGGAUGGCAGUGCUGUCUUUCUGUGAUGCAGUGAUGUCACAGAAAGAAAGUGCUGAGCGCGACCGGGAACGUAGGAAUCCCGUGCGUCGCAGAGCACGCCGCAGGGGACGUCGGGUCACUUAG